ACAUGGUCAAGGAACAAUUGAGGAAUUGCGAAAUCGAGACUUCAGAAAGGAAUUGGAAGAAAGAGAGCGGAUUGACAAGGGUAAAAGAUCAAGCCAUUCAACCAUUCAGGAAAUCAACUGUAUUUAGUAUAAAAAGACAAAAGUUACAUCAAGUUCCUGCCGCUAGCUUCGAUGCAAUUGAUCCAUUUGAGGAUGAAGAAUCACGAGAUCAGAAUCAAGAUUCUGAUAGUAAUGAAGAAUCAGAUUCUGAUGAAGAUGAUACUGCUGCGAUUUUGGCUGAACUUCGGAGGAUCAAGAAAGAACAAGCAGUAAAACAAGUUAAAAAAGAAAUGAAGAAACGACAGGAAGAGAAAAAAAUAUGUAUGGGAAAUAUAUAUUCAGGAAAUCCUUUGUUGAAUUAUUCUUCACAGAAUGGAAGAGUAGAUAUGAAAAUAUUAAGAAGAUGGGACGAUGCCGUCUUUAAAAAUUGUGCACGUUCCGAACUAAAGAAGAAACAUGAUGUUUUUAUUAAUGAUUCUCUACAAAGCGAAGGCCAUUGUAAAUUUAUGGAGAAAUAUGUUGAGUAA